AUGCAUAACAUAUCCUUUCCGUGCGAAUCUGGGUUUUGGACUGGUUUCGGUCUACUAUCUCUUCCUGACGGAAUUAUCGAAAUGAAUCCACGUGUUGUUCGAGAUAGCAAUCAAUUGGACGACGAAUCGCGACCAGGACAGUUCAUGCUCUACAAUUCCCUGCAAUCCCAAGGACCUCCAGCUCGCGACACCUUCUUCUUCUCCAUUUGGGCUGGUGGUACUGUUCGAGAGUUGCGCUUGUUCGACUUAGCCGUUCGCAUCGGCUUCUCAGUAGUCGCUCCGUUCGACGAUCUCAUCACGCCGUUACUUCAUGGUGAAAACAAGGAGUUGAAGUGA